AUGGCUGAGGAUUACGGCAGCAGCCCUUCAUCUCACAGAAGGAAAAUAUCAGAUCCGCUUUCUCGUUUAAGCGAUAUUUCUUCGGGAUCCUCGUUUAAUUCCGUGGGAGGAGGUUCGAAUCCGGGAAGUCCUCGUCUCCUUCCGCGAAGGGUCCGUCAAACUUACGCUCCGAACAUUUCUUCUUCACACGUGACGAAAAACUCCCCCAUUUUAGGGGGAGGUUCAAAUUCAGCCGUCACCAUUUCAUCAUCAUCAUCAUUAUCAUCGUCUCCAUCUCCAUUUUCCUACGGUUUUCAAAACAAAUCGACUCCUUUGAACCGUCCCACGUCGAAUUCAUCUCUCGUGCUCAUGGAUAUCGAAAGUGACGAUUUCGCGAACGUGCCGGAGUCGGAAACGUCUGGAAAUUUUUCCGCCGUCGAUUCGAGCGUGAGUCAAUUCAAUUAUUCGGCGGGACGUUGGGAAGGAAGGGGAGGAGGAUCGCCGAGGAAAAUGAUUCAAAACAAAGGAAAAAUGGAAAUCAACUGGCAGGAAAAAUGUUUGGGAUUGGAAUUGGAACUCCAUAGAUUUAAACAUCAGGCAUCGCAAGUCAAAGAUAUUUUGCAAGACAAGAUGGCGUAA